AUGGGCAGUUCCUUGUUUUUAGAUUGUAAACUACGUGGGAGUCCUAAAUUUUUUAUAUAUCCGAGCCAAAGAAGAAAAAAAUAUGAUUCUCUCCCAUAUGAAAUCAUCCUCCAUAUACUCUCACUGCUUCCACUGGAUUGUGUGUUCAGAUUGAAGUGCGUGUGCAAAGCAUGGUCUGUGUUAAUCAGUGAAUUUGGAACUUUACACUUAAAGCGCUUAAGGGAAACAUCUCAUGGGAUCAUCUGCUUGCACACCCAUCGUAAUUCUCGUGAUUGCAAGAUUUCCUUUGAAAUACGUUCUUUACAAGUAGGAGGUGGCUUUAAGACUUUAUUGGAAAAAGACUUAUAUACAUCUAACAUCUAUCCACAGUUCCGGAGAAUAGGCCAUGUAUAUUCCUUGGAUGGUUUGAUCUGCUUGAGCGAUGGCCAAGGUUUUGAUGUAUUUAAUCCCACCACAGGAGAGUUUGUUAGUCUCCAAGUACGAUAUAAUGAUUGUACUUUUUCAGAUUCGCAAAGGAGGUCUAUUAUAGUAUUUGGAUUUGGAUAUUUUCCUCUAACAAAGCAAUACAAUGUUUUGAGCAUCUAUUCUGAAUUCAUGGCUGCAAUAAUAACCGUGGGUCAUUCAAAUUCAUCGUGGAGGAUUAUCUUUAUCGACAUCCCAACGUCCUACCAUUUUUCUAAUAAUAACGAAACAUUCUGUAUUAAUGGCAAUCUAUACUGGUUAGAUUAUCAUCACAUUGCAGCAUUUAAUGCAAUUUUUUUCAGCCGAAUCCAAACGCUCUCCAUAUUUGCUUCCCCCAAUAUUUCAGUAAAUUGUGCUGAAUAA